GGCAAUCGACAAAUAUCUCUCUUUCUCUUUCUCUCUCAUUCACGCCUUCUUCUUCUUCUUCUUCUUCAGUUUUGUUCUCUCUUGUAUUCUAUCCCUACUUUCUUUGCCUCUGUUUCAUUUUCACGAUUUCUUCAUUCUUAUUCUCAUCACCAACACUCUUCCAACUCCUUUCAAUCCAUUCCUAUCUCACUCUUUCACCAUAUAGCUCGAGUUUUCUUCUGCUGCAGCAGAUUCCAUUCAUUCAGUCUUAUGCUGGAGAUGUCAACCGAGUUAUCCACAUUUUUGAGAUCCAUGUUUGUAUGAUCAUAUCUUUGCUGAGAAUUUUAAGAUUAUGGGUAGAGGUAGAGGAAAGGGUAAAAAGCUAAAUGUUACUAAUCAUGAAGAUGCUGGAAGUGGUGAGGAUGAAAAGCUUCCCACACAAAAGAGAAGAGGAAGGCCACAAAAACCUCUUAAAGAUGAAUUUGAUGAUGAAGAAGUUGAAAAAGUAGAGGAUGACAAUGUCAAUGUCAACAAUGUAGUUAGUGGCAAAGAGAUGAAAAGUUCCAUUGUAGUGGAGAAUGGAAGGAAAAGGAAACGAAACACACAAGUGAAAGAGAAAUUAGACUCUAUUGAGGAAGAAAAUGGUGUUGGAAAUCAAUUGAACACGGAUGGAUUGGAAAAGUCCAAUGGAUUUCGGCACAAUGGAAGCCGGCGUAAGAGCACUCCUCGUCGGGCUGCUGAAGCAGGUGUGCAGUGCAAGUAAGAACAUGGUGCAAUAGGUUUCCUACUCAUGUGACCCGUCGAAAUUGCGAAACAGGGAAUGAGGCCCAUUAAUCUUUGAGCUCUUUACUUUUAUUAUCUUGUUUUAUUUCUUUGACCUUAAUUUUACUUCGUAUUUGUUCUUUGGGGAUGGUUGAAAGGGGUUCUAUUGGUUGAUUCCCUGUGAUUAAUUCCUUUUUCGAGCAUUGAUAUGAGAGUUUGUUAUGCUGGUUGUAGUUCUAUAUCAUGAUAUCAAUUUUUGUCCCUUACUCUAUUUUCAGUUUGAGAUAGAAAAAGAAUUUAUGAUCUUCCAUUGAAGUUAUGACCAUGCCUCUGAUGUUCCCCUUAUCUCUCCUUAGAGGCUAUGCUUGCCAAGUUUCUAAAAUAAAGGAAAUUUUGUCUUUGCGUCUCAUGAGAAAUUUCUUGACACCGAGUUAUAGAGAAUUUAUUAGAUUAUGUGUAGCUUUCUUAUUAUUGAGUUGUUAUCUUUUGAGUCUGUACCUGUUAGUCUUUGUGUAUGAAUUUCUUCAAAUUAAA